AUGUACACCUCAGGUUCAGCACUAUCACUACUACUACUAACAUGUUUCAUUCAGCCCACUUAUUCAACGUUUGUGGGUACUCAGAAUUGUAAUUCUGAUAUAAUAGACUGCAAACUACGACUACUUAUUACUGAUGUUGCCCUAGAUAAGGAAAAGAAGAAACUAAAAUUUUUCAUAAAUUCUCAAGUAGCCAAUUUUGAUCCAAAUUCAACCGAUGACGACACCAGUAUAAUAAUUAAUGAUGUGAAUACUACAACUAAUAAAUACACUACUUUACAUGUUGAAAUUGGAUUUAUGGAUAAAAUAAUUGUUAAAGAGAAUGUUCGAUUCUGCGACAUGAUUGCCGUCAAAAAUACAACGGCUUUCCAAUCCAGUCCCCGUUUUAUUCAUGAUACUGCUAAUAAUAAUAAUUUUACUAAAAUUCCUCAUACGAACAAGAAUUAUGAAUCUUUUGAGUUGUUAUCAGCUGUGCUCAAGACACCAAACAACCCAGAAGAUGAUGAUGGUUUAAGUACCAAGCCACCAUUAUCAUUUCAGGACCAUGUUUUUAACCAUACAUUGGCAACAAGUAAUACUACAGUUGAUAGAAUUUUCAGUAAUUCCACUGGUCAUUUAGUUCAAUGUCCAUUGUAUUACAAUGACUCGAUUGUAUUAUAUUACGAAGUUGAUGUCAAUGACCACUUUCAUAAGUUGGGGUCGUACAGUGUCCUAUUUAAGGUCAUUUCCAAUGAAGAGGAUUCUAAAGUUAUUGGUUGCAGUAAAGCUUAUGUGACUCCAGUGCAACCAAAAGUGAUUAGUAAUGUCGUUGCGUAUGGUGUGUUGGUAUUAUUAAUGGUGACAUUAUUAUUGAAUGUUAUUACCCUAAUGUAUUCAACAUACCAGGAAUCGUCAAAUCCAUUUUUGUUCAAAGCAUCGGCUAUUUGUAAUGAAGAAUUGUUGAAACAAGUAGAUACAACAUUACCGGGUAUUUUCACGUAUUUACAGUAUGCUCUUUUUAUGGGAGGUUUAGACUUGGCAUAUCCAGGGUUCUUCCAACCAAUACUUGGUCAAAUCAAAUGGUGUGCAUUGAUUGGGUUCUCCCCUGUUUUCAAGAAUGAACAUCAUUCAUAUAACCAUAGUGACAAUGUUUAUUACACUUUAGAAACUGGGGGUUUACCAAACUUAACUAGGUAUAUUUCAAAUGACCUUAUAAUUAAUAAUUGGGCCAACUUUAUAGUGACAUUCAUUGUUGUAAUAGUUAUGCACGUUGUCCUGAGUCAACUUUUCAUAAUGUCGAAAUUAUUAUUGGACAAGCUUGACUUGGGGAAUUCCCGUUCUAAGAAGCUGUUUGUGAGAGGCGGUGAUUUUAAUGGGUUUUCAAUUUUUUCUAAAAAAAAUUUUUAUCUUAUUUUAGGACAAGUUUUGCAUUUGUUCUUAUUAGUAUUUGCCAUGCCCUUUCUAAUUUUAUCAUCUUUCCAAUUUUUAGCAGCCAGUGAUAUUCUGGGGAAACGUCGUUUUGGUACAAAUUAUGCUCAAUUGCGGGAAGAUGCUUAUUCGAUGGUCGUCCCGUAUAAUGAAUUGUGUAUCCCAUCCAGUAUUUUCUCCUUUGCCACUAAAAUAGGCGAUGGGAGCGAAUACUCGCCAUCAAAGUACCCUCCAAUUUUUGAUUCCGGACAUAUGAGGCAUAAUACUGAAAGGCGAAAUUAUGUAUCUUCACAGUUGUCUCAAGAUAGAAUGUAUUUACACCCUAAUGAUAAUGCCACACUAUUUCAUAACACGCACCAUAUUGGUAAUUAUACUCAAAAAGUGGAUCCCAGUUAUAUGAGAAUAUCAGAACCUUGUUUAGUCUUUUCAGGGAUUUUGCUUGCUUUAUGGGUCAUUUUAUGUUUAUAUUUUGCUUUCCAUUAUUUGGUAUCGAUAAAACGAUAUUUUCGAAUCAAGCAAUCAUCUAAUAUUUCUCGAUUAUAUACAUCAUUGAGAACAAUUUUGAUUUGGGGCUAUUUAUAUGUUGAAUAUAGACCAGAACGAGUCGAAUAUGCUCUUUAUGAGUUUUUCACGAUGUUUUUCAAACUGAUGGUAAUAGGGUUAUUACAACGUCAUGGUAUUGCUCAAGUUGUAUGUUUGACAUUAAUUUCAAUAUUGGAUUUGAUAGUAUUAUUUACAAUCCAUCCUCAUUAUGUGAAAAUAUCGUGGUGGUCACUGAAAUUGAUGUUUCCCGUUGCUAGAUUUUUGACUGCCGUUUUGUGUAUUGCAUUCAUUCGUGAUUUAGAAUUAAGUGUGACGUCAAAACUUUAUGUUGCUUAUGCACAGUUGUUAAUUCAUACCAUUGUUGGGAUUUUGUUUUGUAUACAGUUGUUUUAUUGGUUUACCAGAACAAUGAUUUCUAUUUUCCAAAAUCUGAAAAAUAAUCAAACAAACAAUGACGAUGUAAACCAACUGUUGACAGUUUACGAUAGUCUUGAUGAUUUCCAACAACAAUUUGACUACAAACCAUUGCAACCUUUACCAACGUAUCAAAUAUAUUCUGCGGCUACAGCAAUAACAACAACACCGUUAUCAAUAAUUGAUCAAAUGGAAAAUCCAUUCAUUUUUGGACAAAGUAGUGGUAGUUGUAUUAUGAAGCAAAACGGGGCACGUAAUAAAACGAACGCAGGUAAGGCCAAUAAAGAUAAAGAUGAAAUGGAACAACAAGAAGAGGAAGAGUAUUUGGAUGCUAAUUAUUAUUAUAGAAGCAGAAGUGAACAAGUUUCGAAAAAUAUUGUUGAUCAUGAAUUACAGACUCAUUCAUCUAAUAAUAGUGAUGUAACUAGUUUUGAACAACUACAAUAUGAAUCAAAUAUGAGAAAAUUAAAGAACGAUUAUAAAGUACGUGAAGGAGAUUAUAUUUAUCGGAAAUAUUUCACUGAUGAUUCAAUAGAUCCUGAAAUUAAAGAACUUUGGGAAAGCAGAAAGAAUAAUAACAACAAGAUGGUGAUAGAGAAAGUACAACAGCAAAAGCAACAAAAACAGAAACAGAAACGACAGCAAGUGUAUCAUGGUCAAAGUACUCAUGACUCUCUGCGUAUAUCUAAUUCAAUUAUUGAUAAAGUCAAACAUGUUUUCCAUAAUAAUACUAAUAGAAGACAUACACGGAAAACAGGAGCAAAUCAAAAUGCUGUUGAAUUACAAAGAUUUGAAGUCGAUAGACCGAAGAAAUUGAUUGUUAAAACAGUGGAUCAAAUAAAACAAGAACAACAGAAACAAAAAGAUGAUUUGUUACUGAAUAAUACAACUAAAUCAUUAUCAACUCUGCAUUUAAUCUAA